AUGUCUGCUUUCACCAGGGUGGUGCAUCUUUAUUUUCUGCGCCUUGUUGCUGCUCUCGCCGUCUUUGCUCUGCUGAAAGUAGUUUUUCGGUUUGGAGUGGAUUGGCGCUUCCGGGGGAAGCCUCCAUACCCCCUCGAUCUGCCACGUCCCGGGCGAGCGCCGCUUCUGAACAAGCCAGAGCGUUGUUUUCUGUCAAUAUCCUCUGAUGACUGGGGACGCUGGGCGGACGCUGUGCCAAUCUUUCCGGACAUUGCGUUCGCUUCUAGUCACGAGGAGCUUCAAACUGCGCCCGCUGGUUUUUGGUACCGACUGGCGACUUCCGAGACCCGUGAAGAUCUCGAGAAUCUAGGGAGUCUGCUUGAACGGUUAAAUGCCGACGUUACAUACGAAAAGAGAGUCGUGCUGACGCCUCACUGGAUCGUUGGCGGGCCCGACUUUGAGGCGAUGAGGAAGCUUUCGCGGCCGCUGGCGGUAGCGUGCCACGGCAGGGAUAGCGGACGCCAGGACCGUUGCGGCUACAUCGAGCUCCUGCUGCAUGAUUCAGCGGGCGGCCUGUCGAGGCCGCCAUACAGCAGAGGCGAUCUACGGGACCUCUACAGGAAGCUAUAUAUGAACGAAUUGUGGCAUCCUGAGUACCACGGUCGUUCGCACUUUUCUGUGUCCCGUUGGCUAAGAGAGUUAAAUAUUGCAGGAUCCAAAGCGGAGGCUUGUUUCAACCACUCUCUUGUAUGCGGUUCUAGUGAGAUAGCUCUUCGGUCUGAAUUUGAUUGGUUCGAUGAGCAUCAGCAUCUUCUCGAGUGGAUUCAGGGCGGUUUGCAUUCGUUUCGGGCAUUUUGGGGGUAUCGGCCUCGGGUGCUUUCGUCACCACACAAUACGUGGACACCGUGGCUGGCCGAUGCCGCGCGGUACGCAGGUUUCAUCGGCACCAGCCUCGGAGAUGUUCAGAAGGUAUAUCGCAUGGAUGGUGGCCUUGUAAUCACGAAUCGGCCUCGGUUUGAUGCAUUUUACCCAGGGUUUGACUGCGAAAAGUCUGUGAACGAAAUUAUCAAGACUCUGAAUUCGACAAAGUUUGCCAACAUUAUGUGGCAUGCGCAGAACGCGAUGAGAUCUACGUAUUCUCUGGAGGAAUACGAAAAACAUCUGUCGUGCUUUGAGCGUCUUAUCGGAAAAGUCCGCGCUAUGCUUCCGGGACUUGCGAUCGUUACAGAAUCGGAAUUGCACCAGAUUCGAGUUCGAGGCUGGUCGGCGGAAAUAUGGAACUCCUCGAUUGUGUACAGAAAUUACCAACGAACGCCUGUGGACGUGUAUGCUGCGGAUCCGACAGCGUUUGGGACGGUGGAAUCAUGGCAUGGCAAGGAUUUAGUAAUGGAAGAACUGCAGGGGAAGGCCACAAAGACCGGUCCGAAUUCUGCGCUACACACUGGGGACACAAUAAGGCUGUACCCCGAUUCGAUCAUACGAGUGCGCGUCAGCGAAAGUCGCGCCACAAUCCCUAGCAGCUGA